GGGUUUUGUUUUGAACUCUGUCCAAUGAAAUGAUACAGCAAUGGCGGAUUUGAAGAAGACAUGGAGCGUGACGUACACGAAGCACGUCAAGCAGAAGCGCAAAGUCUACCAAGACGGCUUUCUACGCUUUCACUCUUCAAAAAAUAAGGUCAUUCUGUAUGAUGACUGCGAGAAUGUCUUGGACAGCAGAUUUGUAAAGAAGGAUGACACCAUUGCAUCCGGUGAAGUGUUGGCAUUUGAUUUUUAUCUUGUCAAUAUUGGAGAUCGGCAACAAGACCACGAUCCUGUAUCGAAGUCUAAUAUUUUACCAACAGCCUCAAAGAUUAACAGGACAUGUGAAUCAUUUCAGAGCCCUAAAUUUGAAAGGAAACCUUUGGGGCCAAAAAGAGCAAGAUUAAUCAAUCUGAGUCCAUCACAGAAGGUGAUACGAGAGUUCAAGAAGAGUGAAAUGACCAAGUAUGGCUCUUCAUUAGGUUGCCCUGAAACAACAAAAUCCAGCAACAUAGAAUGGCAGGUCUUAUACACUACCCAAGUAACUCAAAAGGCUAAGAAGUAUCAUGAUGGGUUUUUACAGCUUCUCACAUGUGGAUCAUCAUGUAAACAGGUAUUGUUGUAUGAUGAAACCAGGAGACUCUUGGAAAGCAGGUUUCUGAAAAAGGAUGAGAUAAUCAGAUCUGGUGAAUCAAUAGCAUUUGAUGGACACUUAGUGGACAUUGGAGAAUGUGAAGAAGAUCAUAAACCUCCUAUCGACUCCAAUAUUAGAAAAACCAAUUGCAAUAUGGAUGGUCAAAAGAAAGCAGCAUGUGGCCCAUUACAUUCCCUCAACCAACUUCCUACUGGAGAAAAUGAAGCUCUUGCCAGGAAGCAAAUGACUUCAAAUUUUAAAGGCUCCAUUGAUGAGAGUAACAUAUUUGCUGAGGAAGUCAGCAAAAAUCCAAUACGUGCUGCACAUGAGAUCUUAUCAAUUCUCAGAAAAGCCAAGAGUGAAAAGGAUGUUGCAACGAUGAAGAGUUUGUCCAUAGAGGGUUUCCAUGCUUCAGAGUCAACCAGUUUCUUUCAGUCUGAUAGUAGUUGUCAGAGAAAGGAACAACUGCAAGAUGUCUGUAAUGAAGGAAGCACAACUAUUCACCUGGAUGAAGAAAAUUCACCAAUGCAGAAAGAUGACAGUGAGAUUUCAAAAGAUGAAGCUACUAAUGAAAUUCAUUUGGUUGAAAUUUCAAAAUCAGCUGAAAAAGGAUCUGAAAAUAGCCCUAGCUUCUUUUUAGGAUCUGAAACUACAAACCUCGUCAACCACAUGGUUGAUACUGAUCAUACUGAGAGUAGUAGGAGAUAUCUGGACACUCCAGUUCUGGAGCCCGAAGAUUUGGCUACUGUAAAGCUGGAGUUAAAGACACCAAUUACAUCAGUCUUGCAAGACACAUCAAUGGGAGAUCUGAAAAGCAGGAAUUGCACUCAACAGGUUUUCUGCAAAGAGAACUCCACUGGAGGUACAGCUGCAGCAGCAUCUGGGUCUGACACCAGUCAAGUCAUUGCCGAACCGAAGCACGAAAAGCUUCCCCAGCCUUGCGUAGAUAGCAAGGAAAUUGAUACUAGAUGGCAGAAUGGAGUCCAUUUUAUUGAUUUGGCAACUUCAAGUAAUUCCACCCCUCGUGAGGUCGCAGAUGAUCAAAAUAUUUCUGAGCAGGAUAUAAGCUCAAAGAGAACAGAUGAAUUCCCCAGUUUUGAACUCGGAUUUUGAUUGGGGAUCAAGGUCAUGCCUUUCUACAGUUCCACUACAUCUUCUGAAUACAUUCAUGUUGUUGAGCGUCGAAUGAAGCAUAGUGCUCAGCUCGUUGUCAUAGCUGAAGGUGUGCAUAUGAACUUCACAAGACAAUCCGUUCGGUGGAGUAAAGAUCACACAGCCUGAAGCUUCCGUUGGAUGCUGAUUUGGGAGUAAAAGUUUUCUCCCUUUUUAGCUGCCAUCAUCAUUUCUGUUAAAUGGAAGUCACACAAACACUCGACCACCAAAGUUCUCUAUUAAACUAAACAGCGUUGUACCUUUGUAUACGCGAAUUAAUGUGCGUCGUUCUCAACUUGUCAUCGGGAAACAAUCUUCUCGAUUAUUUCCACGACCCAACUCGGUUGACAAAAAUAUUACUCCGUCAGAUAUCUCAAAACCCAACUCGGGUAGGAUAUUAGUCUCGCAACAACGUCAGUGGUUUAACUCCCGAGCACUUCCUUUUUCCUU